AUGCCUGUCGUUAAUCUGGAAGAUCUCGUUCGUCUCCAGCGAAAGGCUGAAGAUAUCAGAAAUAUUUGUAUCCUUGCGCAUGUUGAUCACGGAAAGACAUCUUUAACAGAUAGCUUGAUUGCCACAAAUGGCAUCAUUUCACCAAAACUGGCGGGAAAGAUCCGCUACCUGGAUUCCCGGCCAGAUGAACAGCUACGAGGAAUCACGAUGGAGUCUUCAGCCAUCUCCCUGUAUUUCUCGAUGCUACGGAGAUCUGCUCCCGAAGAGACCCCUGAUAAGAGGGAGUAUCUAAUCAACUUGAUCGAUUCCCCUGGCCACAUCGACUUUAGCAGCGAAGUAUCGACAGCCUCACGGCUCUGUGAUGGUGCUUUAGUUCUGGUCGAUGCAGUCGAGGGCGUUUGCAGUCAAACAGUUACCGUUCUACGACAUACAUGGGUAGAACGGCUGAAACCAAUCCUCGUUAUGAACAAAAUAGACCGUUUAGUGACUGAGUUGAAAUUGACUCCUCUAGAAGCAUAUACCCACCUUAGUAAGAUCCUAGAGCAGGUGAAUGCUGUGAUAGGGAGCUUCUACCAGGGAGAGCGCAUGGAGGAGGACCUUCAGUGGAGAGAAAAAAUGGAAGAACGAGUUAAGGCUGCAGCAACCAAAGAGAAGGACCGGUCAAAAGCCAGUGCUGAAACUAGUUCUCAAAUCGACCCCGAAACUGCGGAAUUCGAAGAGCGUGAUGAUGAAGACCUAUACUUUGCUCCUGAGAAGAAUAAUGUCAUUUUCUGCAGUGCUACCGAUGGCUGGGCCUUUACCAUUCGGCAAUUUGCAGCACUCUAUGAGAAGAAACUUGGGAUCAAACGGGCCACUUUGGAGAAAGUACUAUGGGGCGACUAUUACCUAGACCCUAAAACCAAGAGAGUCCUAGGCGCGAAACAUUUAAAGGGUAGAAGGCUAAGUCCAAUGUUUGUCCAACUUGUAUUGGAGACCAUCUGGGCAGUCUACAAUGCAACUACGGGUGGCGCCAACUCUACAGGGGACCCUGCACUAUUAGAAAAGAUCACGAAAUCCCUUUCGAUAAAGAUACCCGUCCAUAUACUUCGGUCCCGGGACACCAGGAACAUUCUCUCUGCUGUGUUUACGUCAUGGCUACCACUUUCUACCGCUGUGCUCGUUUCUGUUAUUGAGUACCUGCCCAGCCCUAUAGAUGCCCAAGCGCUUAGACUCCCUGAUAUGAUCGAUGAGUCCCCAGAUGCAAGCUAUGUUGAUCCCAAGGUCCGUGAUGCCGUGGUGAACUCCAAAGCCGGAAAAGAUGACCCAAUUCUUGGAUAUGUUAGCAAGAUGGUAUCUAUUCCUGAAAGUGAAUUGCCUUCAAAAACACGCCGAACACCUGGAGGAACCAUGACUGCGGAUGAGGCUCGAGAAAUUGCUCGACGAAAGAGAGAACAGUUUGCUAAACUCCGAAGUGAGGCGAAUGACGGAGAUGUAUCUGGUCUCACAUAUGCUAUGGCAGAGUCGCAACUGGACGAGGCUAAGGCAGAAGAGAAAGUAGAGCCGGAGCAUCUCAUUGGCUUUGCACGAUUAUAUUCUGGCACACUCUCUGUGGGAGACUCAAUAUAUGUACUGCCACCAAAAUUUUCGCCUAUGAAUCCACGGGCUAGCCCAGAGCCAACCAAAGUUACAGUAAAGGGCCUAUACCUGCUCAUGGGACGAGCUCUGGAGAACCUGGAAAGUGUCAGUGCAGGAGUGGUUUUUGGGAUUGCUGGACUUGAAGGACAUAUCAUGAAAACUGGUACUCUCUGCAGCCAAAUAGAUGGAGCUGCGAAUCUUGCUGGGGUAUCUUUAAGCCAUCCACCAAUCGUCCGAGUUGCCUUGGAGCCGGUGAACCCGGCAGACUUGAAUAAAAUGAUUAAUGGUCUAAAGAUGCUUGAACGAAGCGAUCCUUGUGCACAGUAUGAGGUUUUGCCGAGUGGGGAGCAUGUUAUUCUCACGGCAGGAGAAUUACAUCUCGAACGGUGUCUCAAGGAUCUUCGUGAGAGAUUUGCCAAAUGCGAAAUACAAGCUGGAGAAUCCAUUGUGCCGUAUCGGGAAACCAUUAUAAGUGCUGCUGAAAUGAACCCUCCUAAAAAUCCAGAUCUACCACGAGGGACCGUUAUUACAACAUCGGGGUCUAAACAGCUCAGGAUUCAAAUCCGAGUGCGGCCCCUUCCUGCAGCUGUAUCGGAGUUUCUUCUCAAACAUGCAGAGACUGUUAAACGGAUAUAUGGACGUCGAAGGCAUUCGCCAACUGACACCCCGAAGGAAUCGGAUGAAGAUGAUACCCCUGAGACAGAUACUGUGCAUGAAGAUAAUGCGGAUGGAGCCACUUCUAGUCGCAAUACACUCUCCAUGGAGGAGUUCAAGAAAGAACUAGAGGCUUGCUUCAGCGGUGUAAAGGAAGAUAAAGAGACCUGGUCGAAUGCAGUGGGCAAAAUAUCGGACUUUGGUCCCAAGAAAACAGGUGCUAACAUUCUUUUCGACACCACACCCACCGGACGUUAUGAAAAGCUAUUUGCGGAUGGUUCAAAUAACAAACCAGCUCGAGAUUCUGCCCUGUUCUCUGAUAAGAUAUCCUACGCAUUUCAGCUUGCUACAUCUCAGGGCCCGCUUUGCCGUGAACCUGUUCAGGGCGUGGCAGUAUUUAUCGAGGAUGUUACACUCGAGGAAAUUGGAGAUGAAGAACAUACUCGUUUGACAGGAGAAGUGAUAAGGCUGGUACGCGAUGCCGUAUGGCAGGGCUUCCUUGAUUGGAGCCCUCGAAUAAUGCUUGCCAUGUAUAGCUGCGAGAUCCAAGCCACAACUGAGGUGUUGGGCCGCGUAUAUGCCGUUGUGACCCGAAGACGUGGACGGAUCCUAUCAGAAACUAUGAAAGAAGGAACGUCGUUUUUCACAAUCCUGUCUCUUCUACCAGUAGCAGAAUCAUUCGGGUUCUCAGAUGAGAUUCGAAAACGGACGUCUGGCGCUGCGUCUCCACAGCUGAUAUUCACUGGAUUUGAAAUGCUUGAUCAAGAUCCGUUUUGGGUCCCUGCUACGGAAGAGGAGCUUGAAGAUCUAGGUGAGUUGGCGGAUAAAGAAAAUGUGGCCAAAAGGUAUAUGGAUAGUGUUAGGAGUAGGAAGGGAUUGGUUGUUUCUGGGAAGAAGCUGGUUAAAGAUGCUGAGAAGCAGAAGACGUUGAAAAGAUAG